AUCCGACCCGGUUACCGUUGAACAGCAACGAAGAAGCUCGACAAUGGAGCAAAACCCUAGCAAGAAGAAAAUAAAAAAAGCAGAAAACAGUUCGGAAAUUUUCGCCUCCUGCUCGUUCGCUAGCCUCGGCCUUCAUCCAACAUUAUGCGACCAGCUCAAAGAGAGGCUGGGUUUUGAAGUUCCGACUCUUGUUCAAGCUCAAGCAAUUCCGGUUAUCCUCUCUGGUCGACACGUGUUAGUGAAUGCAGCGACUGGGACAGGGAAAACAGUGGCAUACUUGGCUCCAGUUAUUCAUCAGUUGCAGAAAUGUGAACCUCGGAUUCAACGCUCUGAUGGUACUUUUGCGUUGGUUCUUGUACCAACGCAUGAAUUGUGUCUGCAGGUGUAUGAAAUUUUGCAGAAAAUGUUACAUCGCUUCCACUGGAUUGUUCCUGGGUAUAUAAUGGGUGGGGAAAACAGGUCAAAGGAGAAGGCCAGAUUGCGGAAAGGUAUAUCAAUUCUUGUUGCAACUCCUGGUCGUCUUUUGGAUCACCUAAGAAAGACAUCGUCAUUCAUACACACAAAUCUGCGGUGGAUUGUUUUUGAUGAAGCGGAUAGGAUUUUGGAACUUGGAUAUGGUAAAGAAAUUGAAGAUAUACUUAAUGUUCUGGGCUCAUUUGGCAAGGAGAAAACAGCUUUUAGAGGCCUUGAAGUUCAGAGGCAAAAUUUGCUGCUGUCAGCAACAUUAAAUGAGAAAGUGAACCAUCUUGCCAAAAUCAGUUUAGAUAAUCCAAUAAUGGUUGGUCUUGAGGAUAAGAAGUCAGAUAACAAACAAAAUCACGAAGAAAUGGAAACAAGUGGACUUAAUUUAAAUGAUGAAUUUGAAACAUCUGGAAAACUAUUGAGUUCUUCCUGUGAGGAAUAUAAGCUUCCAGCUCAGCUACUCCAGAGAUACAUAAAAGUUCCAUGUGGUUCUCGGCUUGUAGUGCUUCUUUCAAUUUUAAAACAUCUGUUUGAGAAGGAAGCUUCCACACAGAAGGUAGUGGUAUUCUUUUCUACAUGUGAUGCUGUAGAUUUUCACCAUUCGCUGUUGAGUGAAUUUCUGUGGAACCCAAGUUUGCAAUCAGAUUUGGAAGUCAGGCAAAAAUUUUUGAGCUGCAAUAUAUUUCGGUUACAUGGUAAUAUGAGCCAUGAUGACCGAAGAACUACAUUCAAUGCAUUUAAAACAGAAAAAACAGCUCUCCUUCUGUCCACUGAUGUAGCUGCUAGGGGGUUGGACUUCCCAAAAGUUAGAUGCAUUAUACAGUAUGAUUCUCCUGGUGAGGCAACCGAGUAUGUGCAUAGAGUUGGAAGAACUGCUCGGUUGGGUGAAAAGGGUGAGUCUGUAUUAUUUCUACAGCCGAUUGAAGUUGAGUACUUGCAGGACUUGGAGAAACACGGAGUGACACUAACAGAAUAUCCCCUUCUUAAAUUGCUGGAUAGCUUCCCGGUGUUUGGUAUGAAACACCUGUCAAAGAAAUUUGUUUCGAAUCUUUCGAUAGAGAUGCAUCCCUGGUCAAUUUUUCUGCAGAGAUCAUUAGAAUCCUUUGUUACAACGGAGGCAAAUAUGAAAGUACUAGCAAAGAAUGCGUUUUGCUCGUGGGUCCGUGCAUACACUGCCCAUCGCGGAGAUCUGAAAAGAAUUUUUAUGGUGAAGAAGCUUCACUUGGGGCAUGUUGCAAAAAGUUUCGCAUUGAAGGACCAGCCAUCCUUGUUCAACAAAUCAAUCCAAAAGCAAACAAAGAAGAGGGGAAGGGAUCAAAAACAGAAGGGAGUAUCAUCAAAGAAGAGGAAAACCACUAAAUAAAUUAUGAAUUUUACUAUGACUAUCUAUACAUACACACACACAGAGGCACACCACGACGAGGUUGAACCAAUCGCUUAUCAUAUAUGAUCCAAGGAAAGCUCGAAAAGCUAAGAAUGUCUGUGAAUUGCCUCGAGAUGUGUCUGCAGUGCUGCAGCAACAUCCCUGUACAAGAAAAAUGUUUAAUUUUUGAGGUUUGAUGUAAGUGCAAGGUAGUUGAAAUUCUGAGCAUUGCCUUUAUGGCAUUAGCUCUACAGUUUUGUAGUCCAACUUUAAGCCACAGUCUCACUUA